AUGUCACAGAGCCCGCAGGGCGCGUUUGCGAUCAACCUCCCCGUUGCUAAGAUUUUCGACGGUGGAUAUCAAAUCGCCGGCAAUCGUAAUUUCCCGAACUUGGAAAUUACCCCCGGUAUUCGACGUCCGCAGGCACUCAAGUUGCUUUUGUUCGGCGUCGAUAGCGUGACUUCACAGUCGGAGUAUUUGAGCUACGAUUCGUGCGAACCAUUUGCGUAUCGCGGUGACAAGUGCUGGCUCGACAAUUUGCAAAUCAAGUGUGGCGGUGAAAAUUUUCUCGUUCCUGGAUUGGAAGACUCUGCAUCGAAUUGUGUAUUUACCGUUGCAUCGAAAUCCCGUCGCCAGUGGUGA